AUGGACGAAGAUGAGGUGAAGAAAACGAUGAAAACGGCUGAGAGUGGAGCGAAUGGUGAAGGAAAGCAGCGAUUGCUCGACGAAUUGAAGCGAGCCAAACGACUCAAAUCGCACAGGGCAGCGUUUAACUCCCGAGAAGAGCUUGUCGAGGAUCGGACGCAAUCAUCAUUCAUUGCGAAACACUAUGAAACAGAUAUGGAUGUUGAGACGGCGCGCGAAUUGCAAAAGGUCGAGAAGCAACCACUUGGAGAACUCUCAGUCACUGGAACAGGUUCAGCCAGCAACGAGUCGACCGAUGUCGUCAAGAAAGGCGAUCCAUCAAAGAAAACCCGCGAACAUUUCUCUUCUACCAUCACCUAUUUGCUGACGACGAUCGGCUGUGCGGUGGGCCUUGGAAACGUUUGGCGUUUUCCCGCAGAAGCAGCCGCGAAUGGAGGAAUUGUCUUCAUGAUCCCGUACUUUAUCUGCACAUUUUUCGUCGGCAUCCCGAUUCUCUACUUUGAGUCAUUCAUCGGACAAUUCACACAGAACGGAAACGGCAAAUGCUUCUUUCUUUACAUGCCAGCCGCAGCUGGACUCGGAAUCGCUCAAUACAUUUUGGUGUUUCUUCUAGCCGCUUUCUACUAUGUUAUCACAGGAUGGUCGUGCAUUUAUUUGAUGUUCAUUCUUCUCGAGGAUCAUCAGCGCUGGACUCGAUGUGACAAUUCAUGGAAUACGCCCAAUUGCCGCUCGGAGAUCAAUGACCGCGAAUGCCCGGAGGGAGCUUAUUUUGUGAAAGGAUUGAACUGCAUCAAUACCUUGAACAACACCUUGAACAAUACCUUGAACAACACCUUGAACAGCACCUUGAACAGCACAGGACCAAUCGUCUACCCGUCACAAGAACUUCUGAUGAACUAUGUUUGGGAUUCGAGGGACGGACCAUUCACCUUGGGAUUCAACAACAAAGUGCUUGUUAUCAUGGCUUUCCUCUGGCUUAUCGCCUACUUGAUUGCUUGGAAAGGUGUCAAAGUGAUGGGCUACGUUUCCUAUUUUACUACGAUUGCGCCAUACGUUGUUGUUUUGAUUCUGUGUCUCUUUGGUUUCACACGAGAGGGCUUUGCCGAUGGAAUAGCAUUCUUUAUUAUCAAAGCGGAUUUCGCAAAGCUAUAUCAGCCAAAGGUGUGGGGCGCCGCGUUUAGUCAGAUGUGCCUAUCGUUGUCGCUCGGUUAUGGUGCUCAUCCAACUCUCGGCUCAUUCAAUCCAAUCGGGCACAAUUCGUUGAGGGAUGCCGUUCUGAUCAUCGCUGCUGACACGGUGAUGUCUCUUCUUGGCGGACUGGCGAUGUUCUCGAUUCUUGGCAAUUUCGCGUGUCAAAAAGGAAUGAGUAUGGUCGAUUUGAUGCAAAAAGAACUUGGAGCUGGUCCAAUGCUGGCAUUUGUCGUCUACCCUGAGGCGGUCUCGAAUAUCACUGGUGGAUGGUUGUGGACAAUGCUCUUCUUUUUGAUGCUUUUCUUGCUCGGCUUCUCGACGAUUAUUGUGGCGACGAAAAUUUUGGCUACCGCUUUCACCGAUGCUUUUCCGAUUCUGGAAAAACGAGCACACUGGAUCCAACUUGGUGUGGUUAUCGCUCUUUACAUUAUAGGAUUGCCUAUUAUGUCAAAAGGUGCUGGCGGAUGGGUUGAUAUUUACGAUUUCUCCGUGUCCAGCUUUGUCAUCUUCAUCAUCAUUUUCUGCGAGAUCAUCGUCUGCUUUCAUUGCUAUGGGAUUCGCCGUUUCCGUAAUGAUCUACGCAAAGUUUUUGGCGAGCCGCGUUGGUGGAGUUGGUUGUGUGGCUUCUCCGGCUACUAUUUUCUCUUCAGUUGGCUGAUAGUUGUUCCUCUUGUGACUUUGGCAAUGAGUUGCUUCAUGAUUUACUCGAAAAUAGAUGGCCUCAUAAAGGAAGCCGCCGCUGGAAAACAACCGCCCGCUUAUGCUGAAGUGAUGCGAUGGUUCCUGCUGUGCUUCAUCUUGGCGUGCAUCCCGUUGAUGGCUAUUAUCCAGACGAUCCUACUUCGACGCCAAACGAAAUCAUGGAAAUCUGCGUUCCGUCCACAUGCUCUCCAUCCAACUUUCGGCACACUGCCAUCAACUGCUUCAAACGUUUCACAAGAGAAAACCGAUGCCUCGUCAACCAAACAAAAAGACAGCUCUGUGCAACCAGGCGCUUCAUCAAGGACUUCGAAAAAUCCCCGACCACACGAUCAGGACUCAUCACUUGGUCGAACUCCAGCUCGAAGUGCUCACGAUCAAUCCAUCAAUGCAACAAUCGCCGAAAAAGGAGAGGCUAACACUUCAACCAAGGCUAUGACAAGGAAAUCGGGAAAAACGGGAUCAGUCAAAGAUGAUGCUUUCACUCCAACGUCACCCGAGACUCCAAAACUGUCAAAGGAAAACUCAUCGAAGAGAACAAAAACGGACGAAAAUGGCAGCUCGACCGGAAGGACACCUCGUCGACGCUCGCGCUCCUCGAUGGGAAAAGCACAAUCGUCGAAAGGAUCUGAGAAAAAGGCACCAGUUGAAAGAGGACUCUUGACCGGCCGCACACCCAUUUCAUUCUCAUUCACGCGCAAAUUG